CAGCGUUUUGUCGUUUCGAGUAGUUCACCGUGUAACAGUGUGCAGCGUCUUCGCGCUGCAUCCGUGUUGUGCUCUCCUCUGCGUAGGAGCACCAUGACGCUCGAGGAGGACCUCAUCCAGAAGCUCGGCACACUCAACAUCUCCUUUGAGCGGGUCAGUCAUGCCGGCACACUCAACAGAUUGGCAGAUCUAUCAGCCAGCACACAAGCAAGAUGUUCUGUUUCUGCUUGUGUGUUGUGUGCAGGAGGAUCACGAUGCGGCGAAGGACAUGGUGGCGAUGCAGCAGGUCCUGCAGCACCGGGAGGGCGUCAAGGCCAAGAACUUCCUCUCCCACGACAAGAAGAAGAAUCAGACAGUGCUGCUGAUGCUCAGAGCCGUACGCUACGCUCCCGUCACUUACACCCACGCUGUGGCGGAUCCAUAUAUCAGCCAUACAUGCAUCGGCAUCGUGUGUGGGUGUGGUGUUGGUUGUGCCGUUUGUUUGUGCAACGUAGGAGACCGACAUGAACCUGGUCCACAAGGCGCUGGGCCGCCUCAAGGGCUGGAAGGACCUCCGGAGAGCUGAAACCGAGCUGGUCAAGAAACUCGGUCUCGAGAAGGUAAGCAAGCAGCCACUCCAGCCAAGUCGCUCACCUCACACACGGACGAUCUGUGAGUGGGUUGUCAUUUUGUCCUUGAUCCAGGGCGCGUUGACACCGUUCGCCGUGAUGAACGAUGCCGAGUGAGUGGGCAUAUGAUAAGGGAGGUGUUUGUGUGCACCUUGCCUACCUCAAUGUGUGUGUAUGCCCGUGUUUGUGGUGUCAUUCAUCAGCAACAAGGUGCCGCUGUAUGUGGAGGACUCGCUCAAGGCCCAGGACAAGAUUUGGAUACACCCAUUCCGCAACACUGGUGGGGGGUGGGUGGACACUGAUUCCACCACACUCAUCCAUCCAUCCAUCCGUCCGACAUCCACCCUUCUGCCCGCGCGUGUGUGUGGUUUUAGCGUCCCUAUGUCUGAGCAUGGCGGACAUCCAGAGGUUCGCCGAGGAGCACGGCCACAACGUCAACUUCUUCAACCCCGAGCCGCCAGCCGCACCCACGGCCGACGGCGUGGCCGCCAACGGGGGAGGGGGAGGCGGCAAGAAGGCCGCUACCAGCGCAGCCGCGGCACCCGGACAGGUCAGUCAGUCAGCCAGCUACAAACAGGCAGACGGAUGGGAUGGAUGCAUGGCAUCUAUGUGUGUGUUUGGGCCAUUCAUUGUCAGGAGAGCACGUUGGGCAUGACUGCGACGAAGGACGGCAACUACCCCGAGUGGUUCCAGCAGGUCUGCCGGGGUGCAGAGCUCAUCGAGUACACUGACGUGUCGGGCUGCUACGUCAUCAGGUACACACACACACACACACACACAAACCGUGAAGGAAGGCCGAGCAGCUGCAUGCCCGUGCGUGGUGGGAGUGUGGGAUGGAUGACAGGGCGCGUGCAACGUACGUGUGGAAGCGUGUGCAGCGGUUCUUCACCGACCUCAUCGAAGAGGUGGGUGCAUACGCGGAGGGGAGGCAGCCUUUUAACACAUCUAUCCAUCUAUCUAUCGGUUUGGUUAAUUGCAGAAAGGUGUGGUCGAGGAGUUGUAUCCGAUGUUCGUCAGCUCCGCAGCGCUGCACAAGGAGGCGCAUCACCUGGAAGGUCAGUCAGUCAGCCAUGGCUGGCUGGCUGAGAAACCAACACCUCUGCACCAAUGAUCCCCCCCUCCCUCCCUCCCUCCCUCGCGUGUGUGCAGGGUUUGCCCCCGAGGUCGCUUGGCUGGGCUCCACCGGCCCAGAGCCAUUCGACCCUGAGAAACCCGACGGUAGAUAAGCCACACAGACAGGCGACUGCAGGCUGACAAGUGUUCCAUUAUCUCGUGUGUGUGUGUGUCACAUAUCCACAGGCAAGGGCAAGCCUCUGAAGGAGUGCAUUGCGUUGCGUCCGACGAGCGAGACCAUCAUGUACCCCCAGUGGGCCAAGUGGGUCAGAUCCCACAGGGACCUCCCCAUCAAGAUCAACCAGGCAAGCCAACACGAGACGAGACACACGUGUCUAUCUAUCGGCAGGCACGGCCCACGGCCAUCCAUGAUGCGGUCGGUGCACCACACCUCCUGUCGGUGGUGGUGCUGUGUGUGUGGAUGGAUGGAUGGAUCGAUGCAGUGGUGCAACGUUGUUCGGUGGGAGUUCAAGCAGCCGACGCCCUUCAUCCGCACACGAGAGUUCUACUGGCAGGAAGGGUAGACAGAUAGAUAGCCUGACAGACAGACAACACACCACACCAGCAUCACGCACCUCUUUCGCACGAUGGAUGGCUGGCUUGUCCGUCUUGUCUGCGUGUGCAGCCACACUGCCCACGCGACUGACAAGGAGGCGGAGGACUGGAUGUGGAUGAUCCUAGACUUCUAUAGAAGGUCCAUCAAAUACAUUGCAAUGCGGCACAUAUAUGUCACACACACCACAUGUGAUACACGCAACAACAGGCCUGGCCUGGCGAGAGACGGAUGAUGGAUGUGUUGUGAGUGACUGCAUUGCAGGGUGUAUGAGGAGCUGCUGGCUGUGCCUGUGGUGCCGGGCGUCAAGUCGGAGGGCGAGAAGUUCCCGGGCGGCAAGAUCACAUCAACCGUCGAAGCCUACAUGCCCAACGGACGGGCCGUGCAGGUACGUACGUACGCGACACGACAACCACACGUAUGGACCCCUCCGUCGAUUCGAGGCUAUCUCUUCUCCAUGCUAUGGUGCCAGGCUGCCACCUCCCACCACCUCGGCGACAACUUCUCGAAGAUAUACGAAAUCGUCUUCGAUGGUAACCUGAACCAACAGUCCAACCAUGACGAUGCAGCCGUCAACGGGUGUCUCUCCCUCCCCCCUUCUUUUACAGCUGCAGACGGCGUGACCCGCUCGUUCGUCCAUCAGACCUCAUGGGGGCUGACCACACGAUCGGUAAGUGAGCUCUGGCAACAUGCCUACUCCACACACACGGACGGACUUACACAGACACACACAAUGGUUGAUUGAUGUGGGCGUCCGUCAGGUUGGCGUGGCGGUGAUGGUGCACAGCGACGACAAGGGUCUGGUGCUGCCGCCAAAGGUCGCCAUGGGGCAGGUCGUCCUCAUACCCAUCCCAUACCAGGUGGGCCGGCCUUUGACGCACAACACCCCACCCACCCAUCUGAUCUGAUCUGAUCUGUCAACGCGCGUAUGUAUGUAUCCAUCCAUUCGUCCACUCACUCAUCAAUCAGUCCAAGUCUGGCGAGAACCCUGCCGAGGCGGCCAAGCGCAACGAGGAGAUCCGCGACAAGUGCGAGAGGCUGGCCGCGGAACUCAAGAGGGCCGACUACUUCGAAGGCGACAGCAACAAGUACUGGAAGAUACGGGCAUACGCAGACACAGUGAGUCAGUGGGCGGGAGAAAGACAUGAGGGCUCUCAUGUUCUCACUCACAUUAAUGUGCGUGUGUGUGUGGUGACUGACAUGUCAGAGGCAGGACAAGACGCCUGGGUGGAAGUACAACGAGUGGGAGCUCAAGGGCGUGCCCGUCCGCAUCGAACUGGGACCCAAGGACUACGACAAGCAAGAGGUCAAUCAGCCUGAUCAGAUGCCUCACAUGCCUCGCUGGCUCAUGCCAUCCAUCCAUCCAUCCAGCCAGCUACCCAACCAACCUUCUGUCUCCUUCUCUGUCUGUCCGUCAGGUGGUGUUGGUGCGUCGCGACACGGGCGAGAAGAUCAAGGGCGUCAAGUGGACCGACUUGACGGCCCGUGUGCCGGCGCUGCUGCGUGAGAUCCAGGACAACCUCUUCGUCCAGGCCAAGAAGAAACUCGACGACGCCAUCGUCAAGGUCAGGGAGGGCAGGGGAGGGGGAUGCACGCCACAGCCACAACGCAAGCAAGGCACAGACACUCAUUCAGGGAGUACGUAUGCAUGCAUUGGACGUAUGUGUCAAAUGCUUCGUCAGGUGACCAAGUGGGAGGAGGUGACGCCCGCCCUCAACCAGCGCAAGAUCGUGUUGGCCCCAUGGUACUGCACUGCACUGCGCAGACAGACAGGCGAAGACAUCCAUCCAUGGGCCAACCUUUGUUUAUCGGUGUGCAUGUUUGUGUUGGUUGGUGUGAUGUAUGUAGGUGUCAGGAGGAGGAGACUGAGGAUGAGAUCAAGAAGCGCACCACAGAGGAGGCCGCGCAGACACUCGCCAACGAACAAGCCACCCAGCCGGCGGCGGCGGCGGCGGCGGCUGCAGGAGAGGUCAGCUCAGCCCAACAGCCAGGCGCACCGCACACAUGAGUGCAUGGCUGGUGCGGCGCGACCCACACGCCUGUGUAUGUUAUGUACGUGUGUCUGUCUGUCAGGGUGAGGAGGAGUACGCGGCCCCCGCGCUCACCGGUGCGGCCAAGCCCCUGUGCAUCCUCACAGAUGACGACCCCAGGAGGGUGAGUAGCGAGGGAGGCCAUCUCACACACACACACACACACACACAAAGGCAUGGAGAUCGCAUCGCAUCGCAUGUGUGAAGUGUGUGUGUGUGUGCGGUGUGUCUUGAUUGGUUCAUUCAGCCCCCCUUGACGGAGGACACCAAGUGCUUCCUGACGGGCAAGGCCGCCAGGUGCUGGGCACUCUUCGGCCGCAGCUACUGACCGACCGAUGUCCAGAGGUGGCGACCGAUGCGAUACCCCUGUGCCUGCAUAGCUACUAUCGCAUGCCUACACGUGUUUGUCUAUGUAUGUAUGUGUGUAUGUGAUCCGGCGUGCUUUCAUGUGUGGAGCAGAGUGCUCUUCUCUUUGGAGGGGUGGGGUGGAAUGGGGUGGGCAGGCUUUAUCUAUCGGUUGUCUGUGGUCGUGUUGGUGUUAACUGUGGGUGGCGAGAGUGAGUGGCCGCUGGCGUGUUGAGCUGUGUGCCAUGAGUGGACGUCCAUCCCUACCUCUCUUGCAUGCUUGUCCUGUCCUGUCGUGUGUUGGUGUGGGUGUGGGUGUAUGUAUGCAUGUAUGUAUCAGUGGACCCUGCUUGCUUAAUUCAAUCGCUCCUUUCAAUCAAU